AUGGCGGGGAAUAACUUAGAGGGGCAACUGACGCAUGUGAUACAGCACCAUGUCACCCAGCCGAGCGCCGACGCUCAGGUCAGCGUGCACCAGGUCCAGACGCCUUCGGGUAGCGGGAAACGGCAUCAGAUCAUUAUUGACAUCAAACAGGACAUUGAUAUGGACGAGAUGUCCACACGCUCGUUGGCCGAGAGCGUCAUGGAGACGCUGGGGGCGCGAUCGGCGGCGGUUUACAUCGACAAUUCCCACGUACAAGGAGAGACUGAUAUGGAAUCCUUGACGACGGUGAACGUGAUCGUGGCGAACGAUUUGAGUCAGACGUUGAGUCCUAAGCGUGAUGCAGAGGAGGAGAGUCAGCCACCGGAGAGUUCGGGAGUUUUGCCCGGGAAUAGGAUAGCUGUGGAUAGGAUAGUAGAGAUGACGGCUACAUCUAACGAGAAUGCGUCAACCAGCAUGUCUAUAACCACGGCCUCCACAACUACUACGUCAGGUAAAUCGCAUCGAUCCAUUAUUUUUAGAUUAAUGGCGACAAGAAGUGUUGGUUAUGUGAGUCAAACUUAA